GGUGUUUAACUGCAUAUGAGAGGAUAAUUUCUGGACAUGUAAAUAAAAGCAUAUUGUAUGUGGGGAAAAGCAUCAUAUCUCAUUGUAAAUGAUGAAUCACUUAGUGCAGAGGCAACUUAUCCUUUAUUUUAUCAUAGGGAGGAUUGAAAAAAUAUUAAUUUAAUUUAAUCUAUCUAUCUACGCAUCCAUCCAACCAUCUACUAAAAUAGCAGAUAUAUGCACUGCAUAAUGUGUGUAUUUAAUCCUCUAUACCAACAUAUAUAUGUGUAAAUGUAUAACUAGAUUCACAUACAUGUAUUUAAAUACACUCCUAUAUAAACUAACCAGGUUAGCGUGCACAUGUGCAUAUGUAACAUGCAGUCUCCAUGUGCCCACAUGUGGAAGAAUAUAUAUAAUUUACAUAUCUAAAUGUGGCAACUAAUGUGUCUAUACAUGGAGAAAAGUUGCCUGUUCAGAGAUAAACGUGUGUGUGGGCGCCUGUGUGUGUAAAUGUGUGAUCGUGCAGCUCUGUGUAUGUAUAUAUUUUAUAUGCCUGCAUAUAAGUCUCUAUAUGUGUGUAUAUGUCUAUAUCUAGUCACAUAUAUGUCCGUAGCUAUAUGUAACUAUGUAACAGAUAAUGUUUUUUACUAUCCCAUUGAGGUAGGCUUCUGCAGCCUAUUGUUUCAGACAACAGAUAUAAGUUGCGAUGGAAGAGGAACGUCGGAUUUGGUGUCUGUCCCCCAUUUCCAAUUAUAGAUGGAUCAUUACAGACAGAGAAGUACUGAGAAUCCAGACAUCUGCUCUUCACAUGAAUGCACUCACCUCCUAGAGAACAGCCUGCCAUCAUGCUCUGGAAACUGGUUGAAAAUGUCAAGUAUGAAGAUAUCUAUGAGAUGUUAGUCCACACCUAUUCCGCCAUGGACCGGCAUGAUGGAGUGCCCAGCCACAGUUCCAGGCUGUCCCAGCUGGGAUCCGUCUCGCAGGGACCCUACUCCAGCGCUCCUCCGCUCUCUCACACCCCAUCCUCGGAUUUCCAGCCGCCUUAUUUCCCACCCCCCUACCAGCCUCUUCCUUACCACCAAAGCCAGGACCCUUACUCCCAUGUCAAUGACCCCUACUCCCUAAACCCCUUGCAUCAGCCCCAGCAGCACCCCUGGGGACAGAGGCAGAGGCAAGAGGUGGGAUCAGAAACCGGGUCACUGCUGCCACAGCCUCGGGCCGCCCUGCCCCAGCUCUCGGGACUGGACCCCAGGCGGGACUACCACUCAGUACGGAGGCCAGAUGUCCUCCUGCACUCAGCUCACCAUGGCCUUGACUCCGGCAUGGGGGACAGCCUUUCUCUGCAUGGCAUCGGACACCCAGGCAUGGAGGAGGUCCAGUCAGUUGAAGAUGCCAAUAACAGCGGUAUGAACUUAUUGGACCAGUCUGUCAUUAAAAAAGUUCCGGUUCCUCCAAAAUCUGUUACUUCUUUGAUGAUGAAUAAAGAUGGCUUCCUGGGUGGAAUUUCAGUCAAUACCGGAGAGGUGUUUUGCUCUGUACCUGGCCGCUUGUCUUUGCUUAGCUCAACUUCAAAGUACAAAGUAACUGUGGGAGAAGUUCAGAGACGCCUUUCCCCUCCAGAGUGUCUGAACGCAUCCCUCCUAGGAGGAGUACUUAGAAGAGCCAAAUCGAAAAACGGGGGGAGAUCUUUGCGAGAAAGGCUAGAAAAAAUCGGUUUGAAUUUACCAGCCGGCAGGCGUAAGGCCGCAAAUGUCACUUUACUCACCUCCCUGGUGGAAGGUGAGGCCGUUCAUUUAGCUCGGGAUUUUGGGUACAUCUGUGAAACGGAGUUCCCAGCCAAAGCUGUUUCUGAGUACCUGAACAGACAGCACACGGACCCCAGCGACCUCCACUCCAGGAAAAACAUGCUGCUUGCUACAAAGCAACUUUGUAAAGAAUUUACAGAUCUCUUGGCCCAGGACAGAACGCCCAUUGGGAACAGCCGGCCCACCCCCAUUUUGGAACCGGGCAUUCAGAGCUGCUUGACUCACUUCAGCCUCAUCACCCACGGCUUUGGGGCCCCCGCUAUCUGCGCUGCCCUCACGGCCCUCCAAAACUACCUGACUGAAGCUCUCAAAGGCAUGGACAAGAUGUUCUUGAACAACAACACUGCUAACAGGCACACAUCUGGCGAAGGACCAGGUAGUAAAACUGGAGACAAGGAAGAGAAACACAGAAAAUGAGAGAGAGAGAGAGAGAGAGAAAGAGAGAGAGAGAGAGAGGAAAAAAUUAGAAUGAAAGGAAAAGAGAAAAAAAAUUAAAUAAAUAAAAGGAGAAGAGAGAGAGAUAAUCUUUUAAAACAAAACCGUCUUAAUUUUAGCUUUAAAAAUACUGGAUUGGGCUGUGGAAGAAUUCUAUUAGGUAGGACAAAAUAAUAAUAAUAAUAAAAUAAAAAUAAUAAUAAUAAAAGAAAGACAAUAAUUUAAGAUCAGAGGAGCACAAUGGCGCAAGACCAGUGGUUCAGAGUCUCUUGCCAGGAACAUGUGAAGACAACCACCAGGAUUUUUUCCCCACUUCUGUUCUUUCACAUUUUUUAAAUAAUGAUUGGGGGGGAGGGGAAUAUAAUAAUAAUUAAUAAUAAUAAUAAAAGAAAGAAAUGAAUAACUUAUUGGAAGAAAUCGGAGAAACAUUUUUGGUGUCAGUGCUUUGAUUUCUUGAGCUGCAUGGUCUGUCUUGCUAUCAUUUUUCUUUUUUAUUUUAUUCUUUUUUUUGUUUUGAACAACGUCCUGUUCUCCACCUAGACUAAAACAAUCUUCCAGAGUGUCCCUUUCUGAGCAACCCCAUGGCCUCAUUCCCCUCAGCUCUUCCCACCUCAUCUCACCACCCUGGUUCUGUCUAGACUAGGAAAGGAGGGGAGCUUCCAGACCCCUCACCAAGCCAUCAACACCAGCUGCCUUCACAGCAGCAUGAACUUAACUUUAGGUGCCACCAGAAGGGACGUUCGGGGUCGCCGUGGCUCCGUUGAAUCUGCCAGCUCUGUUUUUUAAGGACUGUUUUGGGUUUUUUUUUCCUGGUCUAGACAGACUCUCUGUUUAGAUUGGCAGCGUUUACAGGUGUGUUUGGGUGCGUGCGUGCCUCUGUGUGUGCAUCUGUGGAUGUGCACACCCGGCUCCCUGGGGGGGAGCAGGGAUCCCGUGUAUGUUUGUGGAUAUAUAUGUAUAUAUGUGGAUAUAUACAUAUAUAUAUAUAUAUAGUAAAUAUGUGUGCAUAGCCACGCAUAUUAGUGCAUGCAAACAUACCUUUGUAAUUUAGUAAUUCUGUCUUUGAUGGUAAAAUGCCUGGUCUAUAAUGGGUUGCAAAAAUUUGGAAGUAAGGUCUGGUACAAUGUCAGCACUAUCUGAUUUCUUAGUUUUCUGAGAUCUCCUCUUUUUCUCUAGGGAGUUUUAUAUUCCAAACUAUGCCAAUGUUUCAGUCUUUAAUUUCCUUGACUAGUGUGUGUGAGAGAGCUCUUCCCCCAUUUUUAAAGAACUGUUAACAGCAACAAAAAAUGAGUGAUAUGAGUAUGUAAUUCUUUCUCAGGAGUAUGCACUAUUUUAUUUUCUUCUGUUUCCUAAAGCUUUGCCCGCUUGGCUUAUGAGCUUCUUCAAAGAGGACUAGAGAUCCCUACACAAUAUAUCAGGUACAGAGAAAAAAAAUCCACAAUUCUGAUAUUCUGAUACCUUUUUAUUUUUUGCUUUUUUUGCUUUUUUCAAAUCAAAGCCAGUUGUUACUGAAUUCUGUAGGUGCACUUCUUUAAAGAAGCUCAAAGGGAAUAAUUUGAACAAGAUAAAAAUAUAAGUUGAAAUCAAGGUGUACUGUUGCAAAGAGAAUAAGAGCUGUGUUGAAUGUUACGGCACUUGCUUGGCACUAGGGUUUUGUACCCAGGGAGGAAAGAGUUGCCAUGUGAGCUGGCUCCUCGUGAUGGGAGUGGGGAGGGUUUGCCAGGGAAUAUCCUGAUUUCUCUGCUCAGUCUGAGGAAAUCUGUUUCUCUUAGAAAGCUUUAAAAAAAAAAAAUGUCUUGUGACUCUUGCUUUGGAACAAGUCAGUGUGGUGAGGGGGGCAAAAACUUCUUAACACCAAUGUUUUCCUUGGUGGUUUGGUGUCUGACAGGAUGUCUUAUGCAUAUGAUUUGGGGUGGUGGGGGUGAAGGGGAAGUCUUAUUUCUUUCCUCUCUCUUUUUUUCUUUUUUCAACAUACAUUUCUCUGCCUUCUCUGGUAAAAAUAAUGCUGAAGUGUAAGGAUAUGAAUUUCUGUUUGGAUUCUGCCAUGUUGGGUAAUUGCAUGUGUUUCUCAGUGGGGUAGGGCUCGUGCACUAACACAUCUUUUUACUUAUGUCAGAACUGGGUGUGGGUAAAUCUCCUGGAGUCUCUGGCAAAAUUCCAGUGGGGUCAGGCCUCCCCCUAGGAUCCCUGUGAAAGCUGCAGAACUCUGUCUCACCAUCCCAAGCAGGCACACCUGAACUCAAAACAGAGAGAGAGAGAGAAACCUUAGCCUUCCUUUCAUUUUGAGAUACCUUCCAAAGUGGAUAGUGAGGGAGAAAUAAUUCUGCAAUGUUCUCAGCAUCCCUUGAUGAAAUGUUCUCAAAAAAAAAGAGCAGAUCCUCUUGUCCCCUUUAGUGCCCUUGGCUCUCUGAGACAUGGUUACAGCUGAGGGCCUGCUCUGCUUUUCAGAUCUUCUUGCAGCCAGGUCUCAGCUCUUGUUCUCUGCUUGUGAUUUGGGCACACGUGGUGAUAGAAAUCCAGGGAUCAUCCAGCCCUUCGUGAGCUGCUUCUUGCUCAGGUACCUUUGGUUCUUCUGGGGCACUGGGGGCUCUCCAGUGAGAAAAUGGGGGAACUGAGGCAGGCAGCCUUCUCCAUGCAUUGUUGGGAUGAGUUGGAGGCAGUCUUAGACCCUGGCAUGUCCCUGCCAGUGAGUUUGGUUGUGGCAGGGAUUGUCACAUCCCUGUGGAUGUCACAGGGGAGGUGUGGUGGUCAAACCAUGGGUCUCCCCACCAGCAGGCUGGGAACCUUCAGAUUGAAAAACAACAUCCAGGCAACCUCCAGUCAUCCUUGCCCCUUGCCAACCACCCCAAAGUUCAUCAGGUUUCUAGGGAAGGACAAUCCAGGCUCCAAUGUGGGGCACGGCCCAGCAGUGAUGCAGAGAAAGGGAAAGAAGGGAUCUGGGGAGGAACAAAUGGCCCCACCUGGAAGCACAGUUCCCUUCUCUGCCUGAUGGGAAUCUCCUGUUUAUUGGAGCAGAGCUCCAGGUGUUGGAUCUUGCCUUCCUCCUGCAAACAGGAUUUGUGAGGAGCCUGUGGGUUCAGCUCUUAAGCAUCGCCCAGCCCAGUGGGGCUUUGGGGUGUGGGGAGAUCCCAAAUUAGCUCUCAGUCUUCCACAUCCCCAGCUGCACGUGCAGGGCCAUGGGAACCUGCCCCCUGCUGCCCAGAGCUUCUAGCUGAAGGCUUUGGGGCCAUGCUGGGAAUAGCCUUUCCUUGUCUUUGGGCAAAUGUAGGGAAUUCUCCUUUUAACUGCAGAGGACAGCGUCCCACCACCACUGUGGGUUAAUGGGGAGAGGGAGCCCUUGGAAUUUCCUGGGGAAAGACUUACAUGUGCAAGGGCCUGAUCCUGCUGCUGCCGAAAUCUUCCCAAGACACAGAUUUGGUCACCUGGACCAUGACCUAAACCUUGAGCAGGUUGAGGGAAGAGUUUCAGUCUGUCCCUUGUGCCUUCUACUUGGAGGAGACAAACUGCAGUGCUCAGGCAAAAUAAAUCCAAAUUCCCACUGAUUGCAGCGGGAUGCCCUCCCCCCACUUUCUCCCCAAAGUGUGGGGACAAAAUUCACAAGGUUUAUGACUUAAUGCAAUCAGGCAGGGAACAGGAGAGGAGCACAUCCCUCUGUCCUUCCCCCCAGCCUCGUGCUGCUCCCAGAGGGAAUUGUGCAUUGCUUGGUGGCUCCUAUCAGUGCUGAGUACAGAGGUUCCCCCCAAAUUAAACUCAGCCUCCCUCUGGAAGGUAUUUUCCUGCUCCCCUCCACUUUCCCAGCCUGACUACUUCUGUUGGCGGGGCACCUCAGACGUUUAUCUGAUAAUUGAGUUAUUAAAAGAUUUGGUUUCCUCGGGAUCAUGAAUCAAUAAACAGGAGGAUUAACAAGGCAGCUUUGCUUUGUAACUCAAGGGAAAAGUUUGAGGAGAGACCAUGAAAAGUUUGUUUUCAAACCAAACAGGUGGGUUGCUGUAAAUUUUAUUUCAUUCUUAGUCUCACUUCUUUUUUUUUUUUUUUUUAAUACCAAUUCUUUAUUUGUCUUUGGAAAUAUUUUUACUUUGGUACGCUCCCUGACUUUUUUUUUUCCUGGUUGUUAUUCACACAAGAUGUGAUGGAAACUAGAAGCCAAUUUCAUGGGAAUCCUUUUACAACCCGAUGGUUUCUUUAAAAUCGGGUUGUGUCUUGUCCCACCUAAUAGAAAUUCUCUGUGAGAAGCUGUUUAAAGUCCCUUUGCACCCUAGACCAAUCUCUUCCCAAAUCCCCAAAUUUGCAUUUGGGGCUGGGAGGGAGCGGGGGAAGGAUGGUUUUAAGACCUUUAGCUGUGCCCUAAGGGCUUAUUCCCUUCUCCUGCUCCUCUCUUUCUGACCGGUUUAUCACACAGACCUGUCCGGCUCUGUUUUAAUACAAUUCUUGGAGAAUUUGGUGCUUGUUUCAGCUGCCGUAAGCAUUUACCAGAUCGACCCAGACAACCUCCCCCUCCCCUCCGGCUUCCCUGUGUGAGAGAGACCAUAGACUUUUUACAAAUAGUAUAUUUUCUUAUACAAAGGGGAAAAAAAAGUAAAAGAAAACAUCCCCAAACACACUGGCAAACGCCUGAACAUUUUGAGAGAGACGAAACACUGUGUGCCAGCAAGAAAUAAAGGCAAAAAAAAAAAAACAAACAAACCCCAAAAAAACACAAAGCUAUGAAAAAACGGAUGAGAAACUGGAAAGAUGAAAGACAAAAAUAAUAAAAAAUUCUCCUUUUAUGCCCCAAACGAUCCCUUUCACCUCCUCUUCUUGAAAAAUCUGACCAUGCAGUGAGAAAUA